UGAAUAAUUAAUAAAAAUUAAAUGACUGAUAUUGGAAUUUGUGGGAUGGAGGUCUACUUCCCAAAUACUUAUGUAGACCAAGAAGAGUUAGAGGUAGCCUAUGGCGUUGGUAAAGGCAAGCAUACCGUCGGCCUUGGUCAGCACAAAAUGGCAUUCUCCUCAGACAGAGAGGACAUCAAUUCUAUAGCCAUGACAGUCCUUUCAAAUCUGGUGAAUAACUACGGUAUUGACUGGAAGGACAUUGGAAGACUCGAAGUUGGAACUGAAACUUUGAUUGAUAAAUCAAAGAGUACCAAAACUUGCCUUAUGGAGCUCUUCAAAAAUGCCGGAAAUUAUGACAUAGAAGGAGUCACAACUGUCAAUGCUUGCUAUGGAGGUACUAAUGCGCUCUUUAACACUCUCAAUUGGAUGGAGAGUAGUGCUUGGGAUGGUAGAUACGGUGUCGUCAUCGCUGCUGAUCUUGCUGUAUAUGCAAAGGGCCCAGCCAGAGCUACUGGAGGUGCUGGAGCUGUAGCUAUACUCAUCGGAGAAAACGCUCCACUGGUAAUUGAAACAAGCAUUAGGUCUUCCUUCUUUGACAACCAAUAUGAUUUCUACAAACCUGAUCCUAACUCAGAGUAUCCAACUGUAGAUGGAGUUCUUUCUCAAAACACUUACAUUAAUGCAUUAUCAAAGUGCUAUGCUGGCAUAAAAUCAAAAUCUCUUGCUGCUGGAAAGGAGGACAUCUCCUUAAGAGACACUGACUACUUCUGUUUCCACUCUCCAUAUUCUAAGCUAGUCCAGAAAUCCUUUACUCAAUUAUAUUGGGAGGAUCUCAAUCGAGGAAUUCUAACACCAAGCCCUGAACUAGUUUCUAAAAUGGAGGAGACAAAGGGAGGUCUCAAAAAUAAAGAAAUCAAUAAAAUGGUGACCAAGGAGAGCCAAGGGUUGUGGAAAGAGAAAACUGACAUGAGUCUUCAUCUAGGAAGGAACUGUGGUAACAGCUAUACUGGAUCCCUCUACUUCUGUCUCAUGUCUCUCAUCUGAGAUCCAAAUGUUGACCUCACUGAUAAAAGAGUUUUGUUAUUCAGCUAUGGUUCUGGAUGCGCUUCUUCAAUGUUCACCAUUAGGGGUAAAGCCGAUUAUACUGACAUCAUCGCUAAAUCAGAUUAUCAUGAACGUCUGGAGAACAGAAUUAAAAAGUCUCCAGAGUUUUAUGAAGAAGUGAUGGCUGAGCGUGAAGCUCAUUAUGGUUCGCAUGCUGCUUAUACUCCAACCGGACCAAUAGACGAGCUCGUCCCUGGCACUUACUACCUUACAGCUAUUGAUGACAAAUGGAGGAGAGAAUAUUCUAAAGUUCCAUGCAAGGCAAAGAGUAUUUCGGUGACUCCAAGCCCAAUGAUUUCCUAUUCUUCAACAACAUCAAAACUUUUUGAAUUAUCAAAAAUGUAAGGGACAUAUUAAUUCAGAUCUUUCAAAAUAAAAAGGUUCAAUAUU